GCUACCCGGGUAACGGGUCCCGGCUGUGGAAGCUCCCGCGGCGCCGCGAUGGACCUCGAGGAGGCGGAAGAGUUUAAAGAACGCUGUACUCAGUGUGCUGCUGUCUCAUGGGGUCUUACUGACGAAGGCAAAUAUUAUUGCACUUCUUGCCACAAUGUUACAGAGAGAUAUCAGGAAGUUACAAACACCGAUCUUAUUCCUAAUACCCAAAUAAAAGCCCUCAACCGGGGGCUUAAAAAAAAAAACAACACUGAAAAAGGCUGGGAUUGGUAUGUGUGUGAAGGUUUCCAGUACAUUCUUUAUCAACAAGCAGAAGCCUUAAAGAACCUUGGAGUAGGCCCAGAGUUAAAGAAUGACGUUUUACAUAAUUUUUGGAAGCGCUACCUUCAGAAGAGCAAGCAGGCAUAUUGUCAGAACCCAGUUUAUACCACUGGAAGGAAACCUACGGUAUUAGAAGAUAAUCUAAGUCAUUCAGACUGGGCUAGUGAGCCUGAGCUGCUAAGUGAUGUCAGCUGUCCUCCUUUUCUUGAAAGUGGAGCGGAGUCUCAGUCUGACGUCCACACUCGAAAACCUUUCCCCAUCAGCAAAGCAUCACAAUCAGAAACGUCUGUCUGCUCUGGAUCUCUGGAUGGAGUCGAAUACUCACAACGAAAGGAGAAGGGAAUCGUGAAGAUGACCGUGCCACAGACACUUGCCUUCUGUUAUCUGUCCUUACUUUGGCAGAGAGAAGCAAUAACACUUUCAGAUCUUUUGAGAUUUGUUGAAGAGGACCAUAUUCCUUACAUAAAUGCUUUUCAGCAUUUUCCAGAACAGAUGAAAUUAUAUGGACGUGACAGAGGGAUCUUUGCUAUAGAGUCUUGGCCUGACUACGAGGAUAUCUAUAAAAAAACAAUAGAAGUUGGCACAUUUUUAGAUUUGCCUCGUUUUCCAGACAUAACUGAAGACUGCUAUCUUCAUCCCAACAUACUGUGUAUGAAAUACUUGAUGGAAGUCAACCUCCCUGAUGAAAUGCAUAGCUUAACUUGCCACGUGGUAAAAAUGACUGGAAUGGGAGAAGUGGAUUUUCUGACAUUUGAUCCUAUAGCUAAAAUGGCAAAAACUGUUAAGUACGAUGUACAAGCUGUAGCUAUCAUUGUGGUGGUAUUGAAACUGCUCUUUCUAUUGGAUGACAAUUUAGAGUGGUCUUUGUCUAAUCUUGCUGAAAAACAUAAUGAAAAGAACAAAAAAGAUAAGCCAUGGUUUGAUUUCAGAAAGUGGUACCAAAUUAUGAAGAAAGCUUUUGAUGAGAAAAAACAAAAAUGGGAAGAAGCAAGGGCCAAGUACCUGUGGAAAAGUGAAAAGCCACUCUACUACUCAUUUGUCGACAAACCAGUAGCAUAUAAAAAAAGAGAAAUGGUGGUGAAUCUACAGAAACAAUUUAGCACACUGGUUGAUUCAACAGCAACUGCUGGAAAAAAAAGCCCUUCAAGUUUUCAGUUCAACUGGACUGAAGAAGACACUGAUAGAACGUGUUUCCAUGGACACAGCCUUCAGGGAGUCCUGAAAGAGAAAGGCCAAUCACUGCUAACUAAGAAUUCAUUAUAUUGGCUUAGUACACAGAAAUUCUGCAGAUGCUAUUGUACACACGUGACAACUUACGAAGAAUCAAAUUAUUCUCUGAGUUAUCAGUUUAUACUAAGUCUCUUCUCCUUCCUGCUCAGAAUAAAGACUUCCCUUCUCCAUGAAGAAGUGAGCUUGGUUGAGAAGAAACUUUUUGAGAAAAAAUACAGUGUAACAAAAAAGAAAUCAAAAUCCAAGAAAGUGAGACGACAUUGAGAAAAUGAAAUAGAAACUUUCCGGAAAAAUAUUUUAAUAGUGAUAGUAACGUCAGAUUUUAAUGUAACAUUCCAGAGAAUUGUGGAAAAUACUGCAUAUAUAUGUAUAGACUCUGACACAUAUUUACAUAUAUAUCAAGUGCGCUUAGAAAAAUGUAUAUUGUAAAGCAAGUGAGCUUUCAUUUUAUUUUUCAGAGUAUGAAUAUUCUAAGAGAAAGUUAAAACAAUAGUAAAUUGUAUAAUUGUAUGCAGAAAUGUAUACUCAUUGUAUUUUAAAGCUAAAUUUAUUUUUGAAACUAGAUCCCUUCCUUAUUCUUUAUACCCCAGAGUAAAUCCCAGAUGGAUCAAAGAUCUAAACAUAAUCUUUCAUAUGUAAAAAUAUAAAAGUAUUAGUAGAAAACAAA